AUGGUUAAUUUAGAUACUAUUGCAACAGAGCAGCGUAAUGUUUCUACAACUAAUAUAGAUGAGUUAUCUACUAUAGAUAUGGUUCGUACCAUCAACGAGCAGGAUAAACUGGUGGCUUUAGCUGUUGAGAACGCUCUUCCUAAUAUUGCUUCCGCCAUUGAUAAGAUUACAACUAAACUUUCCAAGGGCGGCCGUCUUUUCUACAUGGGUGCUGGAACUUCUGGUCGUCUGGGAAUUUUGGAUGCAGUAGAGUGUCCUCCUACCUUUGGUGUUGAUUAUGAUUUAGUUCAAGGAAUUAUCGCAGGCGGCUAUGAUGCGAUUUUCAAGGCUAAAGAGGGUGCUGAGGAUUCUCCUGAAUUAGCUGUAGCCGAUUUAAAAGAGCGUGGAUUUACAUCUUCUGACGUUUUAGUUGGUAUUGCCGCCUCUGGACGUACCCCAUAUACUGUGGGUGGAUUACAGUUCGCAUCCUCUAUAGGUGCUACAUCUAUUGCCGUUGUUUCCAGUCCUGCUUCUCCGAUGUCAGAAGCAGCUCAACUUACCAUCUGCGUUACUCCCGGUGCUGAAGUCAUUACAGGCUCUACUCGACUAAAAGCCGGUACUGCUCAGAAAAUGGUGUUGAACAUGUUAUCUACUGGAACUAUGAUAAAACUGGGCAAGGUAUACGGAAACCUCAUGGUUGAUGUGAAGGCUACAAAUUUAAAAUUAGCAGAACGUGCUAGACGUAUUGUCAUGGAAGCUACUGGCUGUCAGCGUGACGAAGCAAUUACCGCACUGGAACAAGCCAAUGAGAUUAAAGCUAUUGAUGGCGUUCUUGGUAUCUAUGAAAAUUCUCUAGAAAUACAGAUUUUGCUUGGCCCUGGUACUGCUACACAGGUUACAAAUAUCUUUAAUGAGCUUAUAAAGAAACCAAAAAUCGGUGAUGGUAAAGAGCUUCAUGAGCAGAUUCGCGCCAAAAACGCCACUCCAUUUAAACUGCUUUUAAAGAAGAUUUCUAGUAUUUUCAUACCUCUUAUCCCUGGCUUUAUCGCCUGUGGUCUUAUCACCGGCAUACUGAACAUCAUCCUGAAGCUUGACCCUACUAUGGGUGAUUAUGCCUACAUAAAGAUGCUUUCUGUCAUGGGUAAUGCUGUUUUCUGGGGUUUGAAUUUAUUUGUAGGUAUCAAUGCAGCUAAAGAAUUUGGUGGUUCUCCUAUACUUGGUGGUGUCUUGGCUACUAUCCUUACCCAUCCUGCCCUUGCGUCUAUCAUGCUUGGCGAGGAAAUGCUUGUACCAGGGCGUGGUGGUAUCAUCGCAGUUAUCAUGGUUGCCGCUCUCGGUGUCUGGAUUGAAAAAAGAUUACAUAAGAUCAUCCCAGAGAUGUUCGAUCUAUUUAUUACACCUCUCCUCACCAUACUAAUUGCUGGUUUUGCUGCACUUUUCGUAUUACAGCCUAUCGGCGGUGCCAUUUCUACUACCAUCGGAACAGCUGCUACCAUAUCUAUCGGUAAAGGUGGUGCUGUUACUGGCUUUAUCCUUGGCGGAACCUUCCUGCCUAUGGUAAUGAUGGGCAUACAUCAGGCUCUUACCCCUAUCCAUGCUGACCUUCUCGCUACCACUGGUGUUACCAUUCUCCUGCCAGUAUUGGCUAUGGCAGGCGCAGGUCAGGUUGGUGCUUCUAUCGCAGUGUAUUGUAAGACCAAAAAUAAUUUCCUGAAGAAAACCAUCGCCUCUGCCCUGCCUGUUGGUAUCAUGGGUGUAGGUGAACCUCUUAUUUAUGGUGUUACCCUGCCACUAGGCAAGCCCUUUGCCUGUGCCUGCAUCGGUGGUGCCUGCGGUGGUGCUGUUCAGGCGGCAUUUAUGGUUGGUGCCUCCGCCUUGGGAAUUUCUGGACUCCCGCUCGCAGCAACUACUAACAAUAUUCCUGUUUAUCUGCUGGGAAUUCUCACUGCUUACCUCGGUGGUUUUAUCGCCACAUGGUUUGUGGGCUUCAACGAUCCGCCAGAAGAAGACUAA